AUGACCCGAUUCACGAUACGUGGCCUGCCUAUCAGUAUCUUCUCCAUACUCCUCGCGCUACUCGCCUCUAUGGGAGGGUUCAUUUUUGGUUACGACACGGGUCAAAUUUCAGAUAUUCUCCUUAUGGACGACUUCAAGGCCCGCUUCGCACAGCAGCAUAGUGAUGGUACAUUCGCAUUCAGUGACGUACGGAGCGGCCUUAUCGUCUCCCUGCUCAGUAUUGGAACACUUAUCGGCGCUCUUCUCGGAGCUCCAACUGCCGAUUUCUUCGGUCGCCGAAAUGCAAUGUCCAUGGAGUGCGGAGUCUUCAUCAUCGGUGUCCUCAUCCAAAUCACCACUUUUCACGCGUGGUAUCAGUUUGCUAUUGGACGACUCAUCGCUGGACUCGGAGUUGGCGCCCUUUCUGCCGCUGUACCAAUGUAUCAAGCCGAAACGGCACCUCCACAAAUCCGAGGAACGCUUACAGGAACCUACCAACUGUUUAUUACAUUCGGUAUUCUAGUUGCGUACUGUAUCUCUAUUGGCACGCGUUCAAUGGGUGAUUCUGGAUCGUGGCGCACUGUCGUGGGCAUUGGUAUUGCAUGGGCACUCGUCCUCGGUAUUGGCAUUCGCUUUAUGCCUGAAUCUCCUCGUUGGAGUACACGCCAUGGCAACACAGAAGCCGCACGUGCCGCCAUUGCUAAAGUUCGUGCGUUGCCACUUGACCAUCCGAUUGUCACGAACGAAUUGGACGAAAUACUUGAUAGCAUCGAGAUUGAACAGGGCAUAGACAAAGCGAGACUUGCCAGUGGUGAUAUCCCAGCGAAAAGUGAAUUGAAAGGCGAAAAUCCGCAUUGGACAAAGGGUUGGAUUGAUUGCUUCAAGGGAUUCCGUGCUGGAUCGUCGCGUAUAGGUUACAGAACACUUCUUGGGAUGUCAUUGCAGAGUUUGCAGCAGCUUACUGGUGCAAAUUACUUCUUCUACUAUGGCGCAACGAUAUUCCAAUCUGUCGGUAUUUCUGAUUCCUAUGUAACGCAGAUCAUCCUCGGAGCUGUCAACUUCGUCUGCACUUUCCUCGGUUUAUACAUUAUGGAGCGUUACGGACGACGAAUUCCACUUAUUGUGGGAGGUUUAUGGCAGAGUGCAUGGCUGUUUGUUUUUGCUGCAGCUGGUACUGCCAAGAAUCCGAGGGAUAAUCCUGAAAUUGGGAAGUUGAUGAUUGUUUCCGCAUGCUUGUUCAUCUUGGGGUACGCUUCGACGUGGGCACCGGGUAUUUGGAUUUUGAUUGGCGAGACUUUCCCUACACGAUCCCGUGCGAAGCAAGGUGCACUGUCAACUGCGUCGAACUGGCUCUGGAAUUUCCUCCUGGCAUUCUUUACCCCAUUCAUUGUCUCCGCGAUUGAUUUCCGAUAUGGAUUCAUCUUCGCCUCAUGCAACCUUCUCGGUGCAAUCGUUGUGUACUUCUUCUUGUACGAAUCGUCCGGCAUGUCACUCGAAAACGUCGAUUUGAUGUACCGUGAUGCGUCAGCGAAGCCUUGGAACUCCCGCAGCUGGGCACCUCCCGGAUACGCGUCGCGCGCCGACGUCGAAGCCGAGAAGCCCCGUAAUUCAAAGCAUUAUUUUGACAAAGAUGCCGAGAAGCAAUCGGCGGGUGCAGGAUCGAGCGUUCCUAACGGUGGUGGGAAUGGAUAUACGAAUGGCGAGUUAGGCGCCGGAACUGCGUUGGGUGCGGAGGAAGAUCGGAAGGAGAACAUCUGA